AACUGAUAUUAACAGCCUUGAAGACCCUGUAGAAAAAAUUCUUGCCGAUCGUAUGCAGGUGUGCUAUAUUGAAGGGAAAAAUAAAAAAGGGAAGGGUAAAAAUGCUUUAGUGCCUAUACUUUUUACAAGUGAAAUGAUUGAUGCUAUUAGGUUAAUUGUAAAGCAUAGGUCAUAUCUAGAUGCUCAUGAUAAUAACCCUUACGUUUUCGCAUACAGUGAGUUUUAUUUAAAAGGUUGGGAUACUCUUCAAAACAUAACUAAGAGUGUUUCAAAUCUUCAACAACCAAGACUUAUAACACCUACAAGAACACGCAAACUUUUGGCAACUAUGAUGCAGCUACUAGAUAUGAACAAUGCUGAAUUAACAUGGCUUACAAACCAUUUUGGUCAUACUAAAGAUGUUCACAUGAAUUGGUAUAGAAAGGAAGACGCUACCAUAGAGCUAACCAAAGUAGCUAAAGUUCUUGUAGCGAUUGAUGAUGGAAAAUCUUUUAAGAACAAGAAGAUCGACGAAGUUCUUGAUGAAAGUAUUGGAGUUUUGGAAAAUAACUCUCAUGGUGUUAGUGUUCCAAUGGGUAAACAGUCAGAAAAAAGAAAACAGAACACACCAAUUAAUAACUGUGAGGACAUGUUAAAACCUCAUAAAAAGAAAAAGACAUGGGAAACAUGGACUGAGGAGGAAAAUGAAGCAAUUAAUAAAGCUUUUCGUGCUCAUUUUUUACAAAAAAAGAUACCUCAAUUGCAUGAGGUGUUGCUUGCAAUUAAAAACUUUCCAAUAUUGGAAAAAAGAGGACAUAAAAAAAUUAAAGAUUAAGUUAGAAACAAUAUUUUAAGAAUGUAAAAAGUAGCUUUUUAUAGUAAUUAUGCGGUUAAGUAAAGAUUGCAUUUAAAAUAUUCGAAAAAAUU